UUUUUUUUUAAUUGGUGGAAAACAAUAGGUUCGCCCAUUUUUCCAAGCCCAGAGACCGAGAAUAAGUUUAAAAUUUCAAGUUUGCCACGCUGUCGACGGGAAGACUUCGCGUGGCGGAAAGGCUUAGAAAGCGGAGAUACAGUACGCUGAAAGAGAGACAAAAAUGACACAGAAAAUAAGAGAGAAAAAGAGUUCCAGCUUUCAUACAAUACAACAAGAAUAAACCUUCUCUCGCUAUCCUUUAUUCGAUUAGAAAGCUUCACAAAAGGCCAAAUUUCACUGACCUCCUCCAUAUCCAUCUGGCUUUCUUUGAGUCCUUCAACAGAUCCCUUCUGUUUCUGCUUUAAUGGAAGAGGGGGAGUUAAGCUAAAGCUAGGGCUUUUUAUAUUACUGUGUGUCUGUGUUGUCUUUAAGAGAUGCAAUCGGAUAGGUCCGAUUCUUCGGGUCCAAUAACCCAACGUGUCAACUCUUUGCCAUCUGAUUCUGAUACCAGAGGAAAGCAUAGGAUACAAGCAGAGCUUAAGCGGCUUGAGCAAGAAGCUAGACUUUUAGAGGAAGAGUUGGAGCAGCUUGAUAAGAUGGAAAAUGCCACAGCAGUAUGCAAGGAAAUGCUAAGUAACGUGGAUACUAGACCAGACCCACUACUGCCAGUAACAAAUGGCCCUCUAAAUCCAUUAUGGGAUCGGUGGUUUGAAGGCCCGCAAGAAUCACAAGGCUGCAGAUGCUGGAUUCUUUGAUAUUGAUGGCUGAUUUCAAGCAUUAAAACUUCGAUUGUUAAUUGUUGGCGGAGGCAUCAACUUUGAGCAACACUUUUGUCAUUGGCAGAUGUUUGAUUGUGUAGAAAAUAACAAUUUUAUAGCAAUAUUUUCUUCAUUGGCGAUUCUAUAAUGAAAAUGCUUCAUUGUGCAACACGACAAAUUCUUCAUAUCAAUUCAAAUUUAAGGAACAAUCUACAGCAA